CCUGACGGGCCUCGUGCCAAAGGUUGCCGAUCCCUGGCAUAGAUCAUGAUUCAACAAAGUCUCUAGGGGAGUGGGGCAGGAUUUGGGCCUGGCAGAUGCCAGCACUGAGAGCAAAAUUUACCUCGGCGCAUCACUGGAGCGGCUCUCUAGAGCUUGGCUGGUUCCUAGGGACUGUGCUGAUCCUUGGUGCAGGAGUGAAUGCCACUCAUGGAGAGUGUUUACGUUCAUGUACCGCUUUCCACUGGGGACUGGAGAGACACAACUGGGGCUGGGUUCCAGGUUCCCAUUGAAAUACAAUGCUCUGACCCAAAAAAAGCCAUUUUGCAUUGCAAAAGAAAUUUUGACCCACAUGUUUUUGGGUGAUUUUUGAAAUUUUUUUGACUGCAAACCAUUUUUUUUUCUCCCUCCCAAAAAAGCCUGAAAAGCUUUUUUUUUAUUUUGUUUUUCACUUAAAAAACUGGACAUUUUCCUGGGAAAUUUGGAUAAAAACGAAAAUGUUUCAAAAUUUCCAUUGGAGUAAAUUGACCUUUUCCAAACAGCGUUGCACAGAGAACCAUUUUCCGUAUGGACUCCAAUAUUUCUUAAUUCUGUACUGGCUUAGGUACUCUGAUGACAGGUGCCUUAGAACUAAACUGGGCAGCUAAACAGAGAGCCAGCCCUUCCUGGGGGCAAUAAAGGAGAGAGCAUCUGUAAUGUUAGCUUCUACCGAUGACUCUGAACCAUGGAAUUUGAAUCUGGAUCUAAAUUUUCCCAAAAUUCAGGGGAAUUUUGGAUCCUACAUUGUGGUUCUAGCCCACGUCUAGUACCCAGAGAUUCAUCCUGAUUAGCCAUAAUGGGAAAAAGAGAGUUGAAAAAGCCAUAAAUGAGGCACCGGCAGGCUCAGGAGUUUAGAAGUGGCUUACCAGGUUGCUGGUUUGAAUCCCAUCAAAGUCAGUGCUCAAGUGCCCGUCCUGGACUCGGUGGACAAGUAUCUGCAUGACUCAAUUGACACUCUUGGUGGCGGUCUCAUCAGAGAGGCCAAGGAAGGAACAAGCCACAGAGACUGAGCCCCCUGGACCCGACCCUCUGAUCUCUUCGAGUCAGGGCUGGGUCACGUUGGCAGGGCAGUGGAGGGGUAACGUGUACCCUGUGCAGAGUGGCCAUAAACCCCUACCUCCUGAGUAAGUGAGAGGAGAUUCCUGGUAGUCACGUUUCACACCUACUUUGCACUUGCUGGGACACUGGGACACUGUACAUUACAGCACAGGGCCGGGAGGGGGAGCAGUUGUCAUUGGAUCCACUGUGUCCUGUUUGAAAAAUGGAGAUGAUAUUAACCUAUCCUCACAAGGGGGCUGUGUGAGGCUUAAUUGAUUACUGUGCAAAGUACUGCUGUAUCCUUGAUCCACACGGGGUCAGUCUCUGAUGGCACAAUUUGACUCCCGUUGCGUCUGAUCCAGCCUUCUUCGCACGCCCAGAAGGCCGGAUCAGGCCCGAUGAGAGACCGUUAAAUGGGUAGGAUUCCAUCCUCUGGUUCUGGGCUAACCCAGCACUGAGCGUGUUCUCAGCUACGCUCCAUCUGCCCCUCUUUGGUGACACUGCUGCUCCUGCCACGCUCUGCCUGCCUGAUGCAUCUCCCUGUUGAAUUCUCUGCUGGGUGGUUUGACCUGUUCUCUGUGUUUCCUCCUUUCUUCCGUGUGAGGAUCUCCCCCCUGGAGAGGAGGUUUCUUCCAAGUGCCCAUCUGCAAUGCCAGCACACAGCCACCAAAUAGGUUACUGUGUGCUGGGUGGAGGAGGCCCUGGGGCGUCACACGCAGUCCCUCUCUUCCCAGGCCGAGCACGCCGGCAUCCGGACCUACUUCUUCAGUGCAGAGAACACUGAAGAGCAGGAGUCCUGGAUCCAAGCCAUGGGCGAGGCUGCCCGGGUGCAGAUCCCACCCCCCCAGAGGCGGGAGAAGACGGACUCUGAGAACAUCCCCCCCAGCAAGCACCACCACCACCGGACCACUGCUCACAGGGAGCACCCCAAAGCAGACCUGGAAGCCAAGACCAGAGGGGAGGGUGAUGGGCGUGGUUCAGAGAAGAUCGAGAGGAAAUCGGAGAGGAUCGACAACAAGAAGGAACCCCUGGUGAAAGCCAAUGGCAUUGUGGGCCAGGAGAUGCCAUCUGAGCCCGGCAGCCCUUACCCUGAAGCCCCACGGUUUCCAGCUGGGGUGGAGAGAUCCACGCAGCCCAACGGCUGGCAGUACUCUUCCCCCAGCCGCCCCGGCAGCACCGCCUACCCACCGCAGGAUGGGGAGAGUGUGAUGCACCGUCCGGGCUUUGUGCCACGCACCAACCCGGAGAAGAUCGCCCAGAGGAAGAGCUCCAUGACGCAGCUGCAGCAGUGGGUGAACCUGCGCCGGGGGGCUGCCCCGCCGGAGGAGCUGAGGAGCCCCAGCAGGUUUUUCCCGAUGUCGCGAAGGGUCCCCGACUACUACGCCCCUUACUCGCCCCAGUACCCGGAGGAUUACCAGUACUACCCGCCCGGCGUGCGCCCUGACAGCAUCUGCUCCAUGCCCGCCUAUGAGCGGGUGAGCCCACAGUGGGCUGCGGAGGACAAGCGCCACUCCUUCCGCAAUGGAGGCCCCUACCAGCUGCGUGAGUGGAAGGAGCACCCGGGUUACGGCAGGCAGGACGUCCCCGUCUGGAUCCCCGGCCCCGGCCGGCAGUCUGUGUAUUACGACGAGGUGGAUGCUGCCUCGGACUCCCUGCGGAGGAUGUCCCUCCAGCCCCGCUCCAGGUCCGUGCCCCGUUCGCCCAGCCAGGGCACCUACAACAGGGCGAGGAUGUACUCCCCGGUCAGGUCGCCCAGCACCCGCUUUGAGAGGAUGCCAUCCAGGAGCGAGGAGAUCUAUGCUGACCCUGCAGCCUACAUGAUGAGGCGAUCGAUCAGUUCCCCAAAGUAUGAUUAUCUGGGUGACAGGAGGCCCGUCCCUGCAGGAAUGUAUCCCUACAACUACCCGGCGUCCCCUACAGUCCACGACAAAAUGGAUGAACUUUUAGACCUUCAGUUGCAAAGAAACCUAGAAUAUUUGGACCAGCAGAUGAGUGAGAGCGAAACUUUGAUCAGUAUGGUGAACAGAAUGGUGGAGAACUCCUCCCCUAGGGCCCAGCUGUACAUGCAAGUGUCUCCCUUCCCAGAGGCCUACAGAGAGACUCUGCACGCCUACAAGAUAAGCGAGCAAGACACUGAUAAGCUGCUGGGAAAACUGUGUGAGCAAAACAAGGUGGUGAGGGAGCAGGACAGGCUGGUGCAGCAGCUCCGAGCAGAGAAGGAGAGUCUUGAGAGUGCCCUGAUGGGGACCCACCAGGAGCUGGAGAUGUUCGGGAGCCAGCCAGCCUACCCUGAGAAGCUGCUGCACAAGAAGGAAUCCCUCCAGAACCAGCUGAUCAACAUCCGGGUGGAGCUGUCCCAGGCCAGCACGGCCUUGGCCAACAGCACCAUAGAGUAUGAGAACUUGGAGGGUGAGGUGUCAGCCCUGCAUGAUGACCUGUGGGAACAGCUGAACUUGGACAUCCAGAACGAAAUGCUCAAUCGGCAAAUCCAGAAGGAGAUCUGGCGCAUCCAGGACGUGAUGGAGGGGCUGAGGAAGAACAACCCCUCCCGGGGCACAGACACUGCCAAACACAGAGUGGUCGCUGGCCCCUCUGGAACGUACAGCUCCAACAGCCCUGCUAGCCCCUUGAGCUCAGCCAGCCUCACCAGCCCACUGAGCCCUUUCUCCCUGGUGUCGGGCUCACAGGGGUCGCCCACCAAGCAAGGGACAAGCGAGUCCAAGUCCAGCUUCGAGCAGACUAAGAAAGAGGUUCAUCGGAGCGCCGCCCCCAUCCCACCCCCAGAGGCUGGGCUCAUGCCGACGAGGCAAGAGCUGGAUGCUGAGAAACAAGCAGCUCUCAACAAAGUUGGCAUCGUUCCCCCGAGGACCAAGUCUCCCACCGAUGAGGACUCAGCACCCACUUCGGGAGUCAUCAGGAGGAGCACCAGCAACAUGUCCAACGGACUGAGCUCCCGGGAGAGGCCAAAAAGCGCUGUGUUCUCCAAUGAGAUGAAGGCAAAAAUGAGCGUGGAGGAGCAGAUCGACCGGAUGAAACGCCACCAAAGUGGAUCCAUGAAGGAAAAAAGGCGGAGUUUGCAGCUCCCAGCCAAUCAGCAGCCAGACGCUCCCAGCACGAAGGCACCCGCGUCAUACAAAGUGGUGCGCCGACACCGCAGCAUCCAUGAAGUGGACAUCUCCGACCUGGAGGCAGCGCUGCGCACCGAGGACUCUGGCAAAGUCUACGAGACACCGAGGGAGGAGAUCGCCCGGCUACGCAAGAUGGAGCUGGAGCCACAGCACUAUGAUGUCGACAUCAGUAAGGAGCUCUCUACCCCGGACAAGGUCCUCAUUCCGGAGCGGUACAUUGAGCUGGAACCGGACACCCCACUAAGUCCUGAAGAGAUGAAGGAGAAGCAGAAGAAAGUGGAAAGGAUAAAGACGCUCAUUGCCAAAUCCAGCUUGCAGAAUGUAAUCCCUCUAAGCGAGGGAGAGGUGGAUGUGCCCCAGGAUGCAGAAACCCAGCUCCAGGAGCAGGAGAAGAGGAUAGAGAUAUCCUGCACCUUGGCUACAGAAGCCUCCAGGCUGGGCCGCAUGCUCUCCGCUCAAUGUGCCACCCCGAGUCCUCCCUCUUCCCCAGCCUCCCCGACUCCACCGACAAAUCCCCUCUCGUCUGAGUCAUCCCGGGUCGCCGACAGCAGCCAUUUUAUGCGUGUCUGAACCAUGAACACAAGCCCUGGCUGCUGUGAAUGCUGUGAAGUUCCACGGAGCCACGUUUUAACACACAAACAUGUGCGUCCCGAGUCGACAACCAAACCUUUCCUCGCUCAUCGCUUUCGGUUCUCCCCGAACCCCUGCCACUAACCAACGGUGAGAUCGUCCAGGACGAAGAUGCUGUGCGUCGGCACCUGUCGCCAAGGAGAACACGGGAGCCUUAUCUCUGCACCAGUCCCUGCAACUGGCCGUGUACCAUCCCGGGAGGAAGUGCUGUGGGUGGGCUGCCUGCUGGAGCACAGAGCGGCAGAGAGGCGCUGGUAAAUCACUGCUACUGCAACGAUGGAGGUUUUGCGUGAGAUCUGUUGCAGUCUGGGAGAUGGGCCCACUCCACAGCCGGCGUGAACUUCAGGGCAGGGGAUCUGGCAGCUACCCACCAGGCUGUUCCAGGGCCGGAAUAGCUCAUCGAGGGGAUGGUGUCUCACUGGAGGCUGGGGCGUUUCCCUUUGCUUCCCGCACUGAAAUAUUUGUCUCCCAAAGCUUGUGUCCCGAAGGGGCUUUUGCACGGGGACCGAGCCGUCACUGCAGUUGGAGCUUGCUCUUGCCCUCCACUGACGUGAGCACCCCAUCUCCAUUCUCCACACCCCUUCCACCUCCCCAGGCCUUGGCCUGGAUCGUCUACUAGCAUCUUUCAUCUCUGGAGCUAGCCGCCCAUGAAACCUGGCCCAGCCACGUUUCUCCACUCACGCUCAUGUGCAUCCACGGGAAGGAAGGAGCGGGCAUCUGGGAUGGACAGAUGGAAACAGGAGCCAAGGAGGGAAAAGGCUCCGGGGCAGAAAAUGGGAGAGGUUAUGGGAUCUGCAAAAUUAAGAGGACAUAGCUGUAUCUGUGAAAUACUAGUGUUUCACCUCCCAGGGCGAAGGGUGGUGUGGAACAGCAGGUCUGUGCAAUGUAUGUGGACAUGUAGUAAGGGAAUUAGCUGAAAGAUACAGGGGAACAGGGCUAGGAGAGCCCAAGUGGCUGGUGUUGGUGACCAGGCAAAGCCUGGAUGCUUUCUGGGGACAGGAGGGAUCCGUUUGCACAUAGAGACGACAAGAAGAAAGGGAGACAGGUUUCGGGAUAUUUUUUUCUCUUGGACCAGAGCAGGUUCUGGAUGGUAGCAACAGGUGCCCUUCCUCAGAGUUUUGUUUUACCCAGCACAAUGCUCAUUUCUUGCAUUUUUAUGGGGAUGGGAGAGGAGUGAAAGAGAGGAACUGGUACCAGUGUGUGUGUGUAUGUACACACACACACGCUCGCUUGCUCGCUCUCCAAUCGGGGGCUGCUGCCCAGAUACUUAAUACUAGAUUGAGCAAAACGCUGGAGAAGUGGCUGAGGGAACAGCAGUGUCUCGCUGUCCGUGGCAUUUCUUGGGCAUCUUAUCACCUUGGAUCUGAGUGCCCCAUCUAGCUCUUGAUAUCUAGUCCUGAAUGGCCUUGAGUGGACCUAGAGGGGCAUUUCCUGCAGUGUCUUGGCAGGUACCAUGUUGAUGCUGUCACUGUCUCUUGCCUCCAUCUGGAAAGCACUGCCUUGCCUCCAAAAUGGAGGGGACACCAGAGCUGUGAGGCCCAAGGGAAUAGGAGCAUAGCUGGGAGGGGAUCUAAUCCCUUCUGCUUUCAGGCUAGAAGCCAACUUCUUAUGGAUGGGACGAGGGAGAAGCUUCCCCACGGACAGGUGAUUCCAUAAUUGCCCACUGCAGGGUUCUUGCGCCUUUCUCUGAGCAGCUGCUACUGGGCUACUGCACUGGAUGGCCUCCUGGUCUGGCAAUCCCUGCAUAGAGAACAAUCCUGUGCUGGCCUUUGGGAAAGGGACUAGAUACCCAUCUCUAACUUCUAUGGUUCCCUGCUAUGUUUGCAUGUGGAACGGCACGCAGGCAACUGACACUCGUAACUCACUGCACUGAGACACGCAUACCCCGGAAAUUCUUUUCUCCUGAAGAACAGAGAGUUGACUAGUUCCUCUAACGUUUUGGAAUAACUGAGAUCAGGUGUGCAUGGUGCUGAGUCACUGCUGCACCGUCUCCAUUCCUGCAGUACCUUAUGAGAUGAGCCUGCUCUUCCAGAUGUGUCUUCAUUGUUCCCCCCAAUACAUUGAGAGAAUCGUCAUCUCGGGGGGACGUAUCAGGGGUGAUGGAAGAGAUCUAGUUCAGAGAAGCAUCCAAGAGGUUGGCUGCUCUUCUGAAGCUUGUCAGAACUACCUGAACCAUCGGGGUCUGCAGAAUCUAGCAUUAUUUCAGCACGGCUGCUUCCCAACGGAAACUCGUAAGUGAGAAGGUCCAUCUAGACCUCAGCUCAGUUCAAGCAAUGGUUUGGAGGAAGGAGGUUUCUUCUUUCUGUCCAAGUUGGUUUCCUUGUCCCUUUUCAAAAUUAGGGCCGCAUGCAAAUGCAAAUGUAUUUUCCACCAGGCGGUGGAUUUGCAAGUGCUCAGCUCCCAUUUAGGUACUUAAACAUGGGCAAGAUUUUUAAAAGUGCCCACACCCAGCAGCUCCCGCUGUGAUAUUGAUGGGCAGAUUUUCAAAACAGCACUGAAAAUCUGGCCACUUAUUUUGGUGCCUAAGUGGGAGAUGAAUUCUUUUGAAAAUUGGACCCUGUGUUUCACAAAAAAUACUUGCAAUUUCAUUCCAUACCCCCUUUUUUUGGGGGGGGGGGGGGGAUCCCAGCAAUAUUAUUUUCCUUGAAUUCUCAGUGAAAUUGACAGGUUUUGUAUUGAAACCUGAAAAUCUAUUUAAUUUUUUUGCAAGAAUGGAAUUUUAAAAUUCCCAAAUCUGAAAUUGAAGCCUACGCUCAAAAUUAAGACCAAUCUGUGUUGAAUAUGGGCUUGCUUUUUCACUCCAAAAUCUACUUUUUCAAGUGCAAAGCUGUGAAAUGUUGCUGGCUGCAUGCAAAAUGAUCUGGUGUAAUGAAACUGACCUGAAAUAGGAAAGCCUCAAGUGUCCAGCUUUCCCAGUGUUGCUGUGAAUAUUAUCUGAGCUCCUGUCAAGAACCCCUCUUCCUAUGGACUUUCCAGUACAGUUAGAUGCCCUGUUCUAACAUCAGACAGUAUUGGACUUCUGCACCUUUACUACACUGCUCUUACCUACACUGGUGCAAAUCAGGAUUAACUCAAAUGAAGACAAAAUAAAUUCAGAGCAGAGUGUAGGAGUGGACAAUCAAGCUCUGUACCUUAUACUAGAGACUGGGGCUCUGUCAAUUCACUACGUGGAGGAAGAACUGUUUUGUCCCAGCACUUGAAACUCCAGAUGAUAGUUCUGAAAAAGGCAACGCAAUGGAGAUGCGUAAUCAAGGUCAAUCUAUUUCUUACCUUUCUUUCUCCAUUGGCCUGAUCCUGAUUGCAUCUGAGAACUCACAUCUCCAGCUGAAAUAUAGAGAAGGUGCCAAUGCUCAGCACCUAACAAGAUUUCUACUUCUUCCCAGGCAUGCCACCAGUUGAGUGAAAUGGGAGCUAGCUGGCUGCCUGCCUGCUGUAGCCUGUGAAUCCAUUUUUCUUUCUAGUUUGGCAAUACACAUAAAAUCCAAGGAAACAGAACCUCUCUGCCCAAUGGAUCUCUCUAGCAUCUCCCUAGAUUAUCUGUCUAUUUUUAAUUUUGGCAAUACACAAAACAUCCCAGGAGACAGAACUUUCCCCAGAAUCAGAUCUAUGAAUCAAUCUUUCUUCCUUUCUUUUAGCAAUACAUAUAACAUCCCUGGGGGAUAAAAUAAUCCUGCUCCCAUAAUGGAAUCCCAAACAGCCCCUGUUCGUUCAUGAAGCUGGCCCUUUAUUUUGCUAUACAUGCCUUAAUAUAUGUUUUAUGGAAAUUAUACAUUUAUAUAAUAUAUAUAUAUAUAUAUAUAUUUGUUUUUCUCUCCUUUUCUGGGUGAUACUGUUUUGUGCUAACUUUCUCUCUCUCUCUCUCUCUCUCUUUCUGCUGGGCUCUUGGCAUCAGCCCCGCCAGAGAGUUACAAAAGGAGAUUCUUUGCCAGUUCAUCAGAAAAAAAAAAAGACCUAUUUAAAUAUACAUAUAUAUAUUUUCUGCUUUUAUUAAAAGCAAAUUUAUUUAAAAUAAAAUAUAAAAACUGUAAGUUUUGAGAAAUGAUGCAUUUAUUUCCCUGUUACUGAACAGGUAGCACUCUAUAUACAGCCGGGUCCUCAGCUGGUGUAAAUUGGCAUCGUUCUGAAGUCAUUAGAGCGAGGCUGAUUUGCAUAUGCUGAAAAGCUGGUCGUCUAGGCACAGUAUAUGAAGACCUAUAGGACUGUACCGUAUUGGGGAUUGCAGAGGUUGUCUUGCUGGUACGCAGCUGUCAGUCAUGGAUCCUUGUGACUGUAUGUGGGAUUUUUAAUCUUGAGUUUCAAUGUUACAUUUUUACCUUCCUUUUGCUUUUGUGAAUGGUUUCUCGGUGAUGGUGUGACUAGUGCAGAGGGCUGCCUAUCAGUAGUCCAGCUGCUAACCUCACCAACACACCCGAAGGGUAUACGCCAGGGCAUAAGCCCCAGGAAGGAUGGUCUCUGCAUGGUGGAUGUGCCUUUCUUUGCUGUGAAUGUGCCCCCAGAUGUAAAAGGGGGUGGCUGAACUGAGAAAAAUGCAACCAAGCUAGGAGAACCCCCAGGACCAAACUGGGGUGCAGGAGCUGAGCAGAGGCAGGAGAGAGGUUGGAUGGUCAGGAGGAUUUUUUCUAGCGGCCCAAUUGAAAACCCAUCAACAUCAAUGGAAAGACACUCAUUGACAUUAGUGGUCUUUGCAUCAUGGAUGGAACCAAGAGACAACUUGGAGUUCCCACCAGAGUGUCAGCUCCCCAACGGGCUCCCCCUUGACUCUCCAGUCAGUCCAGUCUCCCAUCAUGAAGAGGGCUCUCCUGCAUCUCAGCUCCGACAGCAUGGUUCCUAGGGGAGGGUACAUUUAAGGGAAGGGGUGGGGGAGCAAGGCAACCCCACUGGUAAGCACCCUUGAAAGGCCUAGGGAUUCCCACGAAGGACACAGGGAGCUCCUAAACAGAACCUUCCUGGCAUUAAGGCACGACCUAGUAGAUGUAGAGGGGACAGCGAGGAAACCUCCCCACUAUGCGAAUAACAACGUAGUGUCUGUGACCAAUCCCUGCUACUGUCACUUUAAGAGUUUCCAAUGGUCCAAGCUGUGAGCUCUCAGUGGCGUGGCUGAGGAUCACAAUAUUGCAGUAUUGUGGAACUGUGGUUUUUAAUUAUUUUAAUUUUAUUUCGGUUAUUUUUCAUAACACCUUCAUAUACCAGUGACUCUUGUAAAAAAAAAAACAAAAACAAAAAAACUUUGCAUCAAAAAAAAAAUCUAUUUAUGCACAUUAUUUUUGGGGGUGGGUGGGAGGAGUGGCAAAAAUUAGAUUUUUGCUAGUGUUAGACAAAUAAAAUUAUCCAAGAAACGAUGUGAUGUUGCUGUCUUUCUUUCUGUAUAAAAGUGACCUUAGAUGACAACUACUAUAACAUUAGAUCGAAGAGACCAUGGUCAAAUGGCUGUCGCGUUUCAGCAGCUUGAAUUCUUCACCCCAAUCUUCCCAGUAAUUAAAUCAGUGGUGGUUUGCUUUGUAUUUUUCCCAACAGCAUUUGUUUUAGAUGUAGCUACUAAAAGAUCCAAUCUCUCACAAGGGAAAAAAUGCAUUUGUACCUUGCAAGUUUGUAUAAAAUAAAAAUUGCUGGUUUGUAAAUAGA